AUGUCGUCGUACGUAGCCACGGCGUCGGACUUGUUCGCCGAGAUCGACGAAGUGCUCGAGGUGGGAGCGCGGGAGGCUCGGCAGCAGGAGGCGGCCGCGGCGGCGCUCCUGGAGGAGAACGACGAGACGGACUUGGGCCACCCGCAGGGCGACACGCUCCGGCGGAUUGCGACGUCCGAGGUGGCCCGGCGCGGGCGGCGCAUGCUGCGGCGCAACCUGCGGCGCUUCCGCAAGAGAGCGAAGCACGCGGCGCUCGUCACGACGCGGUUCUGCCUCCAGAGCUACGACGCGGCGCUGACGGCCAUCGACGAGCGCAUGGUGUUCCUCCAGGCUGAGCUGUCGACCCUCCGCGACGCCAACGACGCCGCCAACAACCUGAUCGAAGAGGCCUCGCAAGAAGGCGAGACGUCCGAGGCGGGGACCUCCUCGCGGUCGUCUGCGGCGAGGGAGCGCGGCGUGCGCUUCGCGCACCAAGGGCCCGCGGAUCCCGCGAGCAGCGCGCUCCAGGAGACGCCAGGAAACGAGGCAUCGGUGCCGAAGCUCACGCGCUCCCUCGGGCUCAAGAUCCGGCGUUCCGCGGCCGUCGUGGACCGCGGCGCCCUGCAGCGCGCGCAGGAGGAGCGCCUCGGCCGGCUCCACGCCAUCGUCGACGGCCCAGCGCUCCAGAAACACCUGUCGCGGACGCAGUCGCAGAACUCCGCGGUGCGGCGCGGCGCGCCGUCGGCGGCCUCGGGAAGCAGCUCGGAUCCCGCGGUGGUGACGCAGUCGUCGAAGUUGAUGGGUCUGAGCAGCGGGGGCGCGGAGCGGGCCGCGUCGCUGCGCCGGGGGGCGGUGCGGGCGCUGGACCGCGCCAAGUCGCUCGGGAACGACAGGGCGGGGAGCAGGGGGAGCGUCGAGGUGCCGCUCGCGACGGCGGGCAGCGCCAUGCCCCUGACGACGCGGGGGAGUCUCGCUGACAUCGGGGUGGACCCCAGGGUGCUGGAUCGGGCCCGCGCGCUCCUGCGCAUCACCCGCGGGAGCACGAGCGGGGCGGGAGCUUCCGCGCCAAAGACCGGCGAGCCUGGCGCGGCGACGGACGUGCCGCAGCAGCUCCCCCCGCAGAGGUCCCAGAGGACCCGCUUCGCGCCCGACACCAGGAUCCUGACGCCGGUGGAGCCGUACGAGUUCGACGUCGACACCAGCGCGGUCGAUCUCGAGGCGCACGAGCCCGAGGUCGACGUCGGCGAGGCCGGGGUCGAGGCCGAGGCCGGGGCCCUGCCGACCACCGAGGAGAUCAAGGUCGACAUGUUGAACAUCGAAGAACAAAUGUGGAUCAUUGAGAGCGCCGUGGUCAACCUGGACCGGCUGUGGGGCGCCUUUGAGUGCGCGCUGCACGCGGCGCACACCUUCGCGCACCUCCUCCUCGGUAUGAUCCGCGAGGAGGCACGCAUCCGAGAGGUGUCCCGCGCCGGCACCACCUCCCCGUCGCUGGGCGCGCGUCUGACGCGAGGGAUCGACGUGGAGGUGGCCACGGAGCUCAUGAUGGACGUGCUCGUGGAGGAGAGCGUGGAGGCGAAAGAGGAGCUCGUUGGGAGGCUGGAGAGCGAGGUGCGCGCUGUCGAAGACGUGGUGCUGGAGAGUGUCAGCUCCUGCGCGGAUGCGGAGCAGGAGCUGCUCGCGGACCUCGAAGACGUGAUGCUUGAUAUGCCCGGGGACGUGCGGGGCAAACGCACCGAGCUGGUCUCCUGGCGCGCCCCGUUGCGGGAGCGGGGGGUGUCGUUGCGCACCCCCGGGGGAGUUCACGCUGACAACGUCGACGACGUGCUCGCGCUGGCGGCCAAGUCGAUCACGGCGCGGCGUGCGAAGAGCAGGAGCGCCGCGAGCACGCUCGCGAGCGUGGACCGCAGUGCAAACAGCAUGCCCGCCUGGCGGCGACCGCAGGCCUUCGCGGCAGCCCCGGCGACGGCGACGGCGGCCGAUCGGCGACACGGAACCUCUGCAUCGAGCGAGGGGCCGUCGGUCGGAGCUCGCAGGCGCAGAUCGGGCCGCGCGAGGUCAGAUAUCGAGAACUGGCAGGAAAACAAACACCGAACGUCGACUCUUUCGUACUCCGAGCGCUCUGGGGAGCUGCGCCCACGGAUCCAGCGACAGCACGUUGCCUCCGUGAUUGUGUCCGGGGUCGUCGCGAUCGCACAGGGGAAAUUCGGCAAGGACGGGGCCGCCAUCGAGAUGGCGGCCCGGCAGGCGUCAGCAGUCGAACGCGGGGCGUCCGCGAUGGAGGAAGGGGGAUCUGGGCCGCUCGUGGGCCGCCGCUGGUCCUCGAAGAAGGACCUGCGCACGGCUUCCAAGCGGGCAUCGGGGUCGCGCCUGCACUACAGCGAUGCUAUCUCGAGCAACGAAUUCGGCGCCGUCAGAGAGCCGUCGGCCCCGGCGCCCAUUUCCAAGACCCUGCGCACUGCGUCGCUCGCCCCGCGGCGACAGGCUGGGGAGCUUGCGCCCGCGAAAGGGCGCACGCGAGGAGCGCUGACGGGCGAGGAGCGCCUCUCGGUGGAGCGGGGGAGCCUCAGCCUGACGAGCGUGCGGGGCGCGUACGCAGGGCGGCUGGACAGGGCGGCCGACGCGCUCGACGAGAGGCUCGCAGCGUGGCGAGGCACGGCACAGCGGUUCCUGGGCGACGAGGCGGACUCGGUAGCUGGAAGACAAGGUGCAAAGCCAACUGGUUUGGUGGACAGGAAGCUGACCCACAGCGCGACGGUGCCCACGAGGCGCCCCGAGAGCUUCGCGGCGCGCAACGCGGGCGUCAGCACCCCGGCGAUCGUCGACGAGCGGCUGGGCACCACGCCAGCGAUGGCGCGGUCAUGUACCAUCGGGAGGACGCCGCAGGCGCGCCAGGCGGGGCCGAAGCAGGGCUCGCGCUACCAGCGCUACCUGACGCAGAAGACCUCGCAGCGCGCCUAG